CUCUCAUUUAUUGCCUUUAUUCAAGUAGAAAGGUAUUCUCCUAAGUAGGUUUCUAGGGAAACAGGUGAUCUGUAAGAUGAAGACCGUUUUCUCUAGGAGAACCUACGAGUAUUUUUCUGAUUUUUUCGGUCAGCAAUACUUCAAGUUCAUAGUAUGUGUGGCACAUACAUUUUUUUUCGGAAUAGCGGUUGCUAUGAGCUGGACAUCUCCAGUGCUGUCCAAACUGAGCGAGACUGAAGACAAUCCCUUGGGGGAACCCAUAACACCUGAUCAGAGUGACCUCAUCGGCUCUCUUCUAUACAUCGGAGCAGCAAUUGGACCAAUACUCUUCAUACCUGCUGCUGAAUAUUUUGGUAGAAAAAAUGUACUACUUAUCCUGUCAGUUAUCCCUCCACUAACGUAUGGGACAUUUGCGUUUGCCAAAGUUGUUGAAUUAUACUACGUUUGCAGGAUCUUGCAGGGGGUGUAUAUGGGCGGUUCGUUAAGUGUACAGCCUGUAUAUGUGGCCGAAAUUUUGUCGAACGAAGAGAGGGAUUUCUACAUGUCCCUAGGAACAAUGUUUGGGUUUUCUGGAUUGCUCGUCGUUUACGCUGUUGGACCUUUCGUGCCUCUGAUUUACUUCAACGGAUUUUUCGCAAUUUUCGGAGUUGUUGUGGUGAUUUUGCUAGCCUUUGGUUGUCCAGAAACACCUUUCUUCAUGAUGAAAACCAAGGGAAAAGAUGCAACCAAUGAACUACUCAUGCUGAUCCGACAAAAAUUCGAUAACAAGGAGGCUGAUGAGAUACAGAGUACCAUCAACAACGAAGUGAGAGAUUCUUUCUUUGACUUAUUCAGUUCGACGAAGAACAUCAAACUGUUUAUAAUGGCAACAAUGCCUCUUCUACUUCAACAAUUUUCUGGGAUUUCAAUUUUACUGACUUACAGCCAACCGAUUUUCGACAAAACGAAUAUUUCUAUAACGCCAGCGGUUUGUUCCUUGAUCGUGGCUUGCUUUCAAGUUUCAACGAGUUUUUUAACGCCUGCUUUGUUGAAAUCCGGUAGAUUUUCCUUGAGAAUUCUGCUUCUUUUUUGUCUUACCGGUAUGGCGAUCUGCAAUGUUAUCUUAGCCUUAUAUUUUUUCGCUUUCAACGACACGCCAUCUUUGAAUUGGUUGCCUCUGUUGGGGUUUGUACUGUUUGUGCCGUUUUAUAACUGCGGGAUCGAUCCGAUACCAUGGAUGCUGCUGGGACAGAUCUAUCCGAGAUCUUUGAGUUCUGUAGGAAGUGCUCUUUCCACAAGUAUCUAUUUUCUGGCUACUUUUCCCUCCCUAUUUCUCUUCAGUAAGAUAGAGACGGGAUUCUUGUUUUCGUAUUGUGCUUUUUUCUGUUGUUUAGGUAUUCCUUAUGUUCUUUUCAUUUUCUCAGAGCCCAAAAAUGUGUAAUGAAUCAAUUCUUCUCUUUUGAAAGAAUCUUCGUGAAAUGAUCCUAAAUUUGUAUAUAUCCACAUAUACAUCGGCGAAUUUUUAUGGGUAAUUUUA